AUGGGAAACUGUCAAGCAGUGGACACAGCGAGAAUCGUGAUACAACACCCAAAUGGGAAAGAAGAAAAACUAAGCUGUCCAGUUUCUGCAAGUUAUGUGAUGAAGACGAAUCCUGGCCAUUGUGUUUCUCUUCUCAUUUCCACCACCGCUCUUUCCGCCGCUUCUUCCGGCCAGGGAGGCCCUCUUAGGCUCACGAGGAUCAAGCUCCUCCGUCCCACUGAUACGCUUGUUCUCGGCCACGUCUACAGGCUCAUCACCACCAAAGAGGUCAUGAAAGGUUUAAUGGCUAAGAAAUGUUCCAAGUUGAAGAAACAAGGUAAGGUGUCGGAGGAUCAGCUAAAGGUGAUGGAAGCAAUAAGCUCUACCAAACUUGACAAUGAAGAUAAGCUGGAUACGAAGAGGCAAGAGAAAGAAAGGUCAAGAAUUUUAAGAUCAUGGCAGCCCUCUCUACAAAGCAUAUCAGAAGGAGGAUCCAGCUGA